GUUUCAGUAAAGCUGAGCGAGGCUUUUCGUUGUACGGUGUGUGUGUGUGACCGUAGCUAGGUUAACUAACUAAGUUAGUCGUUUUAAACGUUUAAACACGUCAACACGUCUGGACGCGAGUCAGGGACGGACACCCAGGUGUACAGAACAUGCCCAAGAAUAAAGGUAAGGGAGGUAAGAACAGGCGACGUGGUAAGAAUGAGAACGAGUCAGAGAAGAGAGAGCUGGUGUUUAAAGAGGACGGACAAGAAUAUGCACAGGUUAUAAAGAUGCUGGGAAACGGAAGGUUGGAGGCCAUGUGCUUUGAUGGAGUCAAGCGGCUUUGUCACAUCCGAGGAAAACUCCGGAAAAAGGUUUGGAUAAACACAUCAGACAUUAUACUCAUUGGUCUGAGGGAUUAUCAGGAUAAUAAAGCAGAUGUUAUUUUGAAGUAUAACGCUGAUGAGGCCCGAAGUCUGAAAGCCUACGGGGAGCUUCCAGAGCAUGCCAAAAUCAACGAGACUGAUACCUUCGGAGGUGGAGAUGAUGAUGAAAUUCAGUUCGAUGACAUCGGAGACGAUGAUGAGGACAUUGAUGAUAUCUAAUCUGAAGCUGCUGCUGUGGGGAAAGUGGACUUUUCUCAGCCUGCAGAAACAGAACACCCACGAUGUCCCCAGUGGAAUCGACCCUCUCUUCUUAGGUCUAAGGUGGCACCGAUUAAGGGUUCUGUCACUAACUACAUGACUGCAUCAUUAUAUUCAAUACAUUUUGUUAUCUUUUAAUGUAUUUAUAUUAAUUUCACAUCAAGUGGAAUAUAGUUACAAGUACAGAAUCUCUGGAUUCGCAAUAAAAAUGAACAAUUUUAUGUUUGGUCUUGCAGUCUGUAUUCUUGUAAUGUCCAGAAGCUCUUUAGAGUCGAGAAAGAGCGAGAAAUGCUUUUUCUGGAAACAGUUGAUGCCUCUUAACACGCCACUGUCAUUUUGUAUUUUUAAGUGUCUUUAUCUAAUUUAAUAGGCUACUGGACACAUAGCGAUGCAUUUAAAUGUGCAUUCAGUGUGUUGACAAAGUAAGAGAAACUCCAUUUCUCCUUUCCUUUAAAUCACUGGUUAUUUUUAACUGUUGUGUUUUUGUUGAAAUGACAAAUGAACAGUCUUGAUUUUUCAGAGCUACUGCGAUUAAUAAAAUCAGUGAAGUUUAUUUGUACUAGAGAUGCACUGAUUCUUCACUGUUACUAUACUGAUUGUAUCUGCUGAUACUGAACACUGAUAGUAAUAGCCCCGAUUUACCUUUAAAAAGCUGUGCUUGUGCACAGAGGCUUGUUAUUAGCCCAGUGUUUUGUGCUCAAGCAUGUCUGACCCCUAAAGCCUGAAUCCAUUUGUAACACAAUCUAACAAAAAAAACAGAGGUUCUGAGGACAUCAGUGUCCAUAACUUCACUGAUCAUAAUGUCACACUACCUAAUCAAAGUCAGCAUCAGUGCUCAGUGUCAGCAUUGCAGUGCUUUAGCAGUAAAGAUUCCAAAAUCUUCAACAGAGUGCAAAUUAUUAUUGCAGCCUGUUUUUCAGCCUUCAGAACAGUAUCAGUAAUUUCUUUUGCUGAUGCUUAAUGUGCUAGUACUAAUCAGUGCAUGUCUAUUUCAUGCUCAUGUGUUCAGGCUCCUGCAGGAUUGUGUGAAGUAUUGUAAAUGUUACACUUCCGAAGUGCAGAAUGGACAUUGGUGGUUAGACUGAUCAUUUUUUUCCUUCUACUGAAAAAACUCUAAACAAUUUCAAAGUAAACAUUAGAAAUAAAGUAAGACAAUAAUAUUUUUGUAUGUAUGUAGAAGGAUGUUAUCGGGUAGUUUUUCCACAGGAUGUGUCCUGUUGCAUGAGAGAGUAUUGCAGAAUUAAUUGGACACUUUUAUGCCAGGGUUGCCCAGAGUGUUGAAUGGAAAAUACAUUGUCAUUUUUUUCUCCUCUGCUGCUUCUGAUCAAAAAGAGACUUUUGAUUUUGAAAUAAAAGAAAACAGUAAACACA